CGCAAGUCGCGUUGGUGAAUAGCCGGAGCGUAGUGUGCUGAAUUCGUGUGGCUGGUUCACUCCUGUUUCAGUGGGCCACACGGGGAAAUGUAAAUAAAUACAGGACGGUCACCAGCGGAGCAUUUACACGUCAUGUGCCCACAACCAGUAGGCCGUUAACCUGGUAUUCUGGAAAACCGCUGGAGUCUGUCGUGUUUUGUCUCAGUAUAAAACGACAUUAUUGUCCGGAUAAAAGGGGAAAGAGAGGAGAGGAGAGGUGACCACUUCGCCUGUGCAGAUAUCUCAAGUUUUCAAAUCCAGCCUGACUGUGUAUUGCCAUGGCGAUGCGGGAGUUAAUUGAAGCAGAAUGUGGGGGAGCCAAUCCCCUCAUGAAACUGACUGGUCACGUGACCCAAGAGGGAGGGGCUUGGAGACACCGAUCAACACCCACUAUUCCUCCUACUCCAAUUGAAAUAGCCUCUGAAGAGGAGCUGGUGAGUGAGUUUCUGCAGGGCCCACAACGACCUCCCCACAGUUUUGAUAUGGGGCAACUGCUGGAGGAAAUGCAGCAGAUAGAUCAACAGAGCUACAGACAGGCUCCACAGAGAGCUCCUGACGUGGCUGCCCUGGCAUUGUCUGGCGAUUGGGCAGCAGAGUUUGUGUCUGGUGCUGACUCCACCUCUUCACCUGGGCAAGCUGGUUUAGAUCCAGCUGAUGCUGAUUGGACCAGAGAAUUUAUCAGUGAAGUGGCAGACCCUGGCCGCUGGGCAGAAGAGUACCUGGAGCAAUCAGAAGAGAAGUUGUGGCUGGGAGAUUUGGGGGGUGGAGAACAAGACAAAGAAUGGACACAAGAAUAUCAGUCAGGGGAAGAACUAAGGCAAACUGCAAAUGAGCUCCUUGCCAAAGUGGAUGACCCUAAACUACAAAACACAGAGUUCCUGCGGUUCAUUAGGCAGAUUGGCGAGGGCAGUGUGACUGUGGAGGACAGAACAGGAAAAGAGCUCACUGAUAAAGCACAGGCCAUGGAGGCACAGCACUGGGCCUCCAGCCUCAACCAGUUCCUGGAAUCAGGGGAUGAAACUGUGCAAGUGGAAACCCAAGAGGACAAAAAGAAGAAUGACAAAAUGAAAGCUAAACAUGCAGAGCAAUGGGCUACUAUUGCCAGAGAGGUUUCGGCAGAAUCAGCAGAAUCCUGGGUAGAUGAGUUCACUACUUCUGGGCCAGAUUUCCAACAGGCCAAAGCAGCAGUGGAGAGUGAUGUUGAUUUCUGGGAGAAACUCCAGCAGGAGUGGGAGGAAAUGGCAAAGAGAGACGCUGAAGCUCACCCCUGGCUCUCUGACUUCGACCAAAUGCUUAGCAGCUCUUAUGACAAGGGAUAUCAAUUUGAAGACGACAACCCCUACCUGUCCCAUGAGGAUCCGUUAGCUGAGGGUGUGAGGAGGAUGGAGGCAGGGGACAUUCCUGGAGCCGUACGUCUCUUUGAGAGUGCGGUUCAAAGAGAGCCAGAGAACCAGCUGGCUUGGCAAUAUCUGGGCACCUGCCAGGCGGAGAAUGAGCAAGAGUUUGCUGCUAUCAGUGCUCUCCGCAGAUGUAUUGAACUGAAAAAGGACAAUCUAAUAGCCCUGAUGGCUCUAGCUGUGAGUUUCACCAAUGAGUCACUGCACAGACAGGCCUGUGAGACGCUCCGUGAUUGGUUGAGGCACAACCUUAAAUACCGGCCUAUCCUGGAGCAGCAUGAGCGAGAGAAGGAGAGGGAGGGCGUGAGGGAGGAGAAAGAGAGGGAGAGAUUUGGAUCCCUUCUGCCAGAGGCACUGUUUAAUGAAGUACAGUCAUUGUUUUUGAGUGCAGCAGUUGCUGAUCCCACUCAGGUGGACCCUGAGCUGCAGUGUGGUCUGGGAGUUCUCUUCAACCUGAGUGGAGAAUAUGACAAGGCUGUGGACUGUUUCACAGCAGCUCUGUCUGUCACACCGCAGGAUUGUUUGUUGUGGAACAAGUUGGGAGCGACUCUUGCUAAUGGGAACCGCUCGGAGGAGGCAGUAGCUGCUUACAGAAGGGCACUGGAGUUACAGCCUGGAUUUGUACGCAGCCGAUAUAACCUGGGCAUCAGUUGUGUCAACCUGGGUGCCCACAGGGAGGCAGUAGAGCACUUCCUAGAGGCCCUUUCUCUGCAGAGACAGGCCGCAGGGGAUGGAGAGGGAGGUGCUGGUCGAGGACCAGGUACAGCAGUAACUGUGAUGUCAGACAACAUCUGGUCCACCCUGCGCAUGGCGUUGAGCAUGAUGGGAGAAAGCUCGCUAUACGCAGCUGCCGACCGCCGAGAUCUGGAUACGCUGAUGGCACAUUUCUGCCAGAGAGAGGGAGAGACAGAAUGAAGGAUGGAGGGGUUGAAGGUGUGGAGGGAGAUAGAGUGCGAGUGUGGAGAGAGGUGCUUUGGAGAGCAAACAAAAUGACUGGAGGUGUGAAUUUCAACAAAGUGUUGAAUGAGGUGGAGGACGAUUUUUAGAAGUGGCAACGUGGGGAGAUUAAAAAUAACAAAAGGAGUGUGAAACACCCAUUCAGCCCCUGCACUGCAUUUUGGACAGACUGAUGAACUAAUGACUAUCCUUGAGAAAAAGUGUCAUGAUGAAAAGCCAAUGGUACAUUAAUUAACACAACCAGACAGUGAAUAUAAUUAAAUUACAUUACUAUCUUACAACAGCUUUUGUCACAAGUUUACUAUCAAGUAGGAUCCGUUGUAAUUUUGUUUAUCUUGAAGAUCACAGUUCUUGGCAUUGUCCUUAUCAAAAUUACAGUACAGUAUCUCAUAUGGGAAAAAUUAGGUUCUUGCACUGUGAGCUCAAAAAUACUUUCCUCUGUGUGACACAAAGAGGAGAAAUAUUGAGAUAAAAUGUGUCCUGCAUCAAUACUAAUUUUGUACAUAACAACGGAGGUGAUUCGGAAGCCUUAAAGUUCACAUUGUUCAUUUGCGAGUGAGUGAAGCGUUGUGAGGCUGACAGACAGACAUUUUGUCAGCACACUUAUCUGGGAAAUUUGCUCUUGCUGUAAAUUCUACUUGCCAUAUUGUGUAUUGUACAAUAAUUAAAACAGAUAUCUAUGUAAUCUUAAGCAAUAAAGCUUU